AUGAAUAAAAGACUUUACAUUCAAAUUGGUGCGAUAUCAGUUAAUGUGUGCAACCGAUCGCGUCAAGACGUGCAACACUCGAGGAGUUGCCAUUCGAUUUUAUAGUUAUUCUUUUUACUGUAACUGUUGGUGUAAUCUUAGUAAACAUGUCACAGGAGUACAGUACUGGUGAGGUGGCACAGAACAACGGUCGCGAUGGCAAGCCUGUGUGGAUUAUAAUCAAAGAGAACGUCUACGAUGUGACGAAGUUCAUAAAAGAACAUCCGGGUGGUGAAGAGUCCAUACUCGAAUAUGCGGGCAAAGACGCCACAAAAGCCUUCAAUGAAGUUGGUCAUUCCACCGAUGCCAUUAAGGAAAUGAAGUCGUACAAAAUAGGCGUGAUUAGAAAAGAGUCUAUGCAAAUACUCAACACCCAACCAACAACCGCAACUAGUGGUCUAAAUGAGAAACAACCGCAAGAAAAUAGCAAAUCGGAAAAGAAACGAAUUAAAUGUUUCUUUUGUUUUUGAAUCAAACAAGGCGAUUAAGGGAGAAAGUUGCCGGACUGUGAUUAAACUAAAUUCACUCAUACUAAGUCAUAUUCAUAUCGAAAUAUUUAUGUCGGAUCGCACGAUUUCGUGCUUAGCGAUGUGCAAAUGUGCGAAGUGAAGAUGCAAAGGAGUAAAUUUAAAAAUUUGUUAUUUAUUAGAUUCACUUACAUUAUAUAAUGUCGUUUGAAUUCGUAUUUAUAUACAUAAUAUAAUUAAAUAUAGUUUACGUUACAAGAUAUAAAUUAAUUUAUUGUAUUUAGUUAAUAAGUGUAAAAUGCCAAUAAAUGCACAUUAUAAUA